AUGGCGUCACCGUUCGUAGAAGAACCCGUGGAGCUUGGUGCGCGGAUAGUGAGAGGUGCGCUCAGAAGAGCCAGAACUUUUAGAGACCGGCAGAACCCGUUGGCAUUCCACGAUGACCAUCUUUAUGAAAGAUAUAGAUUUUCAGCUGAGGGAAUGACCUAUCUGUGCCAGCUUCUUGAGCCGUAUGUUGCAAAUGCGACACAUCGAAGCCGUGCGCUCACAGUCCCACAGACUGUAUGCGUAGCGUUGCGGUAUUUCGCAACAGGUACUUUCAUGUACAGUGUGGGUGAUGCGGAGAACAUAAGCAAGAACACGGUCUGCCGCACUAUUCGCAAGGUGGUGCUUGCUUUAACAUACUCGUUAGGCUUCCCAAGGGUGAUUGGGGCAAUAGAUUGCACCCAUAUCCCCAUUGCUGCAUCACUGGGGGAGAAUGAAGGCGACUUUAUAAAUCGCAGGUCAUUCCACAGCAUCAACGUUCAGAUGACUUGUGACCACCAGAGCUUGGUGACCAGCAUUGAGGCAAAGUGGCCUGGGUCAGUCCAUGACUCCCGGAUCUUUAGGGAGUCUGCACUGUGCCACAGACUAGAGCAAGGUAUGGCAAUUGUAAGUAACAUUUUGGCUCUUAGUGGAUUGCUGGUAGGGGACCGAGGGUACGCCUGCCAGCCCUUUUUGAUGACCCCCUAUCCUGACCCCAACACACGGCCACAGACUGCUUUCAAUGUGGCCCUUAGCAGGACAAGGGUUAAGAUAGAGAUGACCUUUGGAAUCCUCAAAGCACGCUUCAAUUGCCUGCGUGGCCUCCGAGUGGCCCCAGACCGGGCUUGUCAAGUGGUGACAGCCUGUGCCGUGCUCCACAAUGUGGCCUCCAUAAGAAGGGAGAGAGCCCCACCUGUCAGCCAGCAACCCCCAGAUGUGGUAGACCCCAUCACCCUCGACUACCCUACUGGCAGGGCCGUGAGAGACGCUAUAACGCGGCAGUUUUUUGUUUAAGGGGAGACAGGCUAAGCCAUUUUUCUUUACAUUUAGUCAUGUAGCGGCAUUCUUUACCUUUUACUUUUCAGUUGGGCUAUUUUGGUUCCAUAGCAUUUGAGCUAUGUAGAU